CUUUCCCUGACCCCAACCCCCACCGCCCAGCAGGUGCAGUGGGCUGGCACUUGGCUGUGAAACUGGAGAGAGCUGGUUUGAGUUUGCACUUUAGUUCCUGUCAGGAAGGGAGCUCUGAGAUCUGAGUUAAUCCCAGUGCUAAGGAUGUCUCAAUUGCUCUGGCCUCUUGUGAGAUUCCUGCUUCUGAUCGAAGUGGCAGCCUCUGUGAACUUUUUCCACCACCGCUAUGAGCAGCUGGUGCAGGCCCUGUUCAAUGUGCACAACGAGUGUCCUGAUAUCACCAGGAUUUACACUAUUGGCCGCAGCAUCCAGGGGAGACAUCUCUACGUCCUGGAAUUCAGUGACAACCCUGGAAUCCACGAACCCUUGGAGCCAGAGUUCAAGUAUGUUGGGAACAUGCAUGGGAACGAGGUUCUGGGCAGGGAGCUGCUGCUCCAGCUCUCUGAAUUCCUGUGUGAGGAGUAUCGCCGGCGGAAUGAACGGAUCACACGGCUCAUCUGGGACACACGCAUCCACAUCCUGCCCUCCAUGAACCCAGAUGGAUAUGAAGUGGCUGCCAACCAGGACCCGGACACCAUUGGGUACCUGACAGGCAGGAACAACGCCAACGGAAUUGACUUGAACCGUAACUUCCCUGAUCUCAACACUUUCAUGUACUACAAUGAAAAAAACGGUGGCCCCAAUCACCACAUCCCUCUGCCAGCCAACUGGAAAAGCCAGGUGGAGCCAGAAACACUGGCUGUCAUUCACUGGAUGAGCCGCUACAACUUUGUCCUCUCAGCCAAUCUCCACGGUGGAGCUCUAGUGGCGAAUUACCCCUACGACAAAGCCCAGGAACAGCGAAGCCGGGGCUAUCAGCGCAAAAGCAACACCCCGUCCCCCACUCCUGAUGACAAGCUGUUCCGGAAGCUGGCCAAAGCCUAUUCCUACGCCCAUCACUCGAUGCACCAGAGCCCAACCUGCGGAGAACAGUUUGCAGAUGGCAUCACCAAUGGGGCCUCCUGGUAUUCUCUCAGCAAGGGCAUGCAGGACUUUAAUUAUCUUUACACCAACUGCUUCGAGAUCACUCUGGAGCUGAGCUGCGAUAAAUUUCCUCCUCAAAAGGACCUGGAGAAGGAGUGGCUCGCGAAUCGUGAGGCGCUCAUCACCUACUUAGAGGAGGUUCAUCAGGGUAUCAAAGGGCUGGUGUCCGAUGAGAACAACAAUGGGAUUGCAGGUGCUGUGAUUUCUGUCAAUGGGAUCGGCCAUGAUGUCACUUCCGCUUGGGCGGCAGAUGUAUUAUUUCAAAAAGAACAAGGGGCCACAGACAAGACUCUGCCUGAUCCACUCCCUUGGUGCUGGCCAGCUGCAGCAGAGAGUAGAAUCCACCCACAAGUGCCCUGCUGAGGAUUCCUUCAACUGGGGGAGUCUCCACUGAACACUGAGCCAGCAUAGCUGGCCUCACAUCAAAUUCCCUGCAACCCCUGGUGCAGAAAGUGAAGAAGGGGAAUGGUUGGAAUGUGCUGUGACCAUUGCCAGCUGGUGCAAGUUAGAGCAACCCCCAGGUUGUUUGUCUGUGCCAGGACCGGAGCAGAGAAUCAGAGAGCCAUAACAGGAUGUCGGUUCUCUGCAUCUCCCCUUUCUUCCUCUCCUGGGCUGCCCAGGUGGCUGUGCAGGCGGAGGGCUAGGAGCUUCCCGAGAUUCAGGCAGAGCCAGUAAAGCUCCUAUCCUGUUCUCCCGGGGGUUCCCACAGGCCAUCGGGGAAGCAGGCAAUGGAGCAGCUAGAGCUACUCCCUUCCAUAUACUCUGAUAGCUCAGGUGGAAGAGGUCAGUUCUGAAUGUCCUGGGUUUGUUUGACCAGAACUGUUUGGCAAAUUCAACAUAAAUUUCUGAAAUGUUUUGGUGAACCUGAAUUGGCAUUUUUGGCGAACAAAAGUUCAUCCAAAAAUUGUACCCAGCUCUAAUCAAGACUGAGCAGCACCGGCAAAGGGGUUUGUGUGGGGUGUGGAGGGGAAAGGAAGUGAGUCUUUCUCAAGCUAUGCCCGUAUUAUUCAACUCUUACAAAUGUAAACCAAAGCCCCCUAUAUUUGGGCUAGGUGAGUGCACUUAUCCCAGCGCUUUUUUCAAAUCGACUCUCACUGGUAAGUCCCUGCACGCUGUGGGGUUGUUCUGGGGUGAUGGGCAGUUUGUCUGGAUGCAUGGGAGCAGAGUGUGUGGGAGGGGUGGGAGUGCUGUCAUGUGACACAUGUAAACUAGCCAGGACAGAGCCCUAGGUGAGGCACAACAGGGGCAAGUCUGGUGAGUGAGACUGGACCAAGUGGAACGUUUCUGGCUCCCGUGCCUCUGACUGAGCGCACUCUGGCUGCUGCUCUCUC